CUCGGGGAGGCAUAUAUAAACAGCGUCAGGAGAGCCCUACAUCACAUCCACAGCUAGGAACCACCUGGCAAACACGGUCGAUAGAGAUUGCAGAGGAUGGCAACCCACUCCCACUCCCACUCUCCGGCUACUCAUCCCAAGGCUCCGAGCACAUCGGAUAGUUUGCCUCACUGCACUCUGGAAUUGGCGCUCGAGAUCAUUGUGAACAUCUACCAUCAAUUCGCUCCUCGGGAAGGCAAGGAUGAUUUCUUGAGCCUCAAGGACAUGACGGAGCUUCUCAAGAGCCAAGCUCCCACUUUCCUGGCAGCCUGUAACAGAAACCGUCCAGACUACAUUAAACAUCUCUUCAAAAAGGCGGAUGUUGACAAGACCGGACAACUGACUUUUGAGGAGUUCACCAAAGUGUUUGCUGUCCUGGCAGACGAUGCCCAUCGCCUGAGUCACGGUGAGGACCGAUGUGGCCCACACAACGACUGAGCUCCCCCCAUAAAUUGGUAUUGCCUGUUGUAAAAGCUGCCAAAUAAAGGAUCUGCGUGAGA